AUGCCUACAACACCAGAAGAUAAUCCGAACUGUUACAUGGUGACUGAACACGGCGACAGUUUCGUCCCAAAGAACGCUAAAUGGACAUGCAAUUUUGGAGGACUUGAUCGACCCUACAAGACGCCAUGCGGAGGGAGAAAUGAAGACAUAGAGAACAAAAUUUGUUCUAAAUGUGGCAACUUACGUUCGUACGGUUCGACUGCCGACCUUGGGGAGAAGAAACCUGGCUGUGAUAAACCAGAGCCGCUUUGGAUGGUCGACGUUGAGGACGAUGGCAGUGAAAGUUGGACAAUUCAUUUCAUUAUUGACUGA